AUGGCUAAUCAAUACGGAUUGGUGCGAAAUCUCAUGAAGCAAACCUGCAACAAAAAUGUUGCUAGCAAAAUUAACAUUUUCAAAUGGAGCCAAGAGAUGGAUUUGCUAGCGUUCGGAACGGAAAAGGGUGAAGUGUUUCUACAUCGAUUAAAAUGGCAAAAAGUGUGGCAACUGAACCCACCGGAAGAAGGGCUGAAAGUACGAGGCAUAGCAUGGCGACCGUGCGAGAAAUUCAUCGCAAUCGGCUACAGCAAUGGCACCGUAUUGUUGAUCGAUCUGGAAACGAAGGAAGAAAUCCACAGCUUCACCAUAAAAACGGAUAUUACGUGUUUGAGCUGGACAGACAAUACUGAUGAAAUGGCUUACGAUGAUGUCAGCUACAGUUCGGUGACUAGUCACACAAAGUAUCUGCCAGAGCUACCGGUACUCAGCUCACUGUCCUCAUCGGCAAAACCUCUAAAUCCGAACAGGAGUAGUUACUGCUCGAAGCACAUCCUAAGCAUUCUUCUCAUCGGUACGACCACCGGUCUGGUGUAUAUCUCCGCUCUGGGCAUGCUGCCCUGUGGUAGUAUCGAUGUGUUCGCCACACUUGGCCUUCCUUCGACAUCUUCUGCCUGCAUUCGGGAAAUUAAGAUGAGCCACGACUUUAAGCAACUGAUUGUAGGGAUAGAACAAAAUGAAACACUCAGUGUGAUCGUGCUGGAAAACGAUGUACUGCACAAAAAUGCCCCCGCUGUGCUUAAUUUGGCUUUAAAGUACGCCCAAAUACUCAACACAAUGUCGUACAUGAACGAAACCAUCGACUGUAUCGUGGAGGCAUGGGAAACGGUUUUGCUCGAAAUGGACAACAAGCUCACAAACUACGCAAAAGAUCAACCGGACGGAUCGAUAUCGGCCGACUUUCUCGAACUGCUCAUGUUCGGGACCGCGUCACCAUCGCUAGAACAAUUCCUGCUGCGCGAUCUCACCGAAAAAGGGCUCCGCAAGCUGGGCUACAGUAUCGAACUGAGCUAUGUCACCAUCCAACGGCUAGUAGUGAAACCGCUCUACACAGCCAUCCAUGCCGUGUUCUACCAUCUCAACACACUCGACGGGAUGCUGCGCAAUCGGUUCUACUACGGUACGCUAAUGCGCGACAUGGCCACUGCAACGGAAGUGUUGCGAAGUUGCGGUGCGCUCCAGAUAAAGGCUCAUGAACUGCAACAAACGAUCGAUGCGUCGAAGCGCGAUUUUAAAAUAUUUUUUCGCUGGCUGUACGUCGUAAUAGUGCGCGUCAUGGACGAAUCGUUGCAGGAAAACCAUCCCACCAUCACCCAGCGGGAGAUUCAUUACUUGGCCCAAUUUUUAAGCAACUUUGAUACGGCCGCCCAAAACACGUGUGUCGACGAAAGCCGGGGAACGAUGGAAUCCCGUCGAAAGUUCAAUCUCGAGCGAGUGGGUCAGUAUCUCGAAGAUAAACCCCUGAUCCGUCCGAUGCCGAAGGAGGACGAAAAUGGAUGGAAGCUGUUGCUGGAACAAAACGAAUGUUUGCGCAAGUGUGAUGCUAUCUAUCCACACUACGAAAACAUGUCGUUAAUUCAGCAGCAAAAGCUACUAAGGAAGCACAUCGAUCAACUGUUCGACCAACCGGGUAAGGUUGUUGGGUCUGACUUCAAGCAGAAGAAUUCGCUCACGAUUCAAACAUCGUCGGUCUUGUCCGGUUUGAAUGUGGGGUCGUUUGCAUUCAUUUGUCAUCCACGGAACCACCUGACGCUGCUGGCCAUCCUUCAAUCUAGUCGCAGUCUGCUACUGGUAGAAUGUUUUAACGACGGUGGUCUGAACCCCGUGCGACUGCACUUUGAAGAGAAACCAUACUUCGAUCAGCGGUUUGAUACGUUCGGAACGCUUACCUUCCAGCACGUAGAGUUUUACGACGAGGAAACACUGUCACUGCUGUUACGCUCUCAAACAGCAAACGAUGACCGUGCGGCGAGUUGUUACUUCCUUCAGCUUAAUCUUGCUCCUGUGCGUGAGUUUUUAGGUACGUCGGGGACGCGAAGCUACAUGCAAACGCUUAUGGAAGAUGCUGCCGGUUGUGCUAGCCUCAACUUGUACACGCUUAUCGAUGAAGGUUCACUUAAGUUGCUGGAAAGUAGCGAUGGUCAUAAAAUUGCCGUCUCUGGCAAGCGCAACGUGAUUGCUUUAUUGUCCGAAUCGAUGAAAAACGUACGCAUCUACGAUAUGGAUGGACAGGAGGAAGAUGAUAUACUGGAUACAUCGUCACAGAUUAACAGCAGUCUGGAGAACAGCCAGGAAUCGGUUCAAGAGUAA